GUUAAAGCAUCAUAGGUCCACCCGGUGAGUGCUGUGAUAUUGAGAGGUCAUACAUUUUCAAAAAUCAAAGUAAUUGGACCAGUCCAGGAUGUCUGAGGAGUUGUCGCUCAACAUAAACAUUAAGGAGCCGAGAUGGGACCAGGGGACCUUCAUGGGACGCGCCAAACACUUCUUCAUGGUCACAGAUCCCAGGAAUGUCCUGUUGUCCUCUGAGACGCUGGAAGAAGCCAGAGUAAUCGUAGAGAACUACAGAGCUGGAACCGUGACUCCUGGCCUGACCGAGGAUGAACUUUGGAGAGCCAAGUACAUUUACGACUCUGCUUUCCAUCCCGACACUGGAGAGAAGAUGUUUGUGAUUGGUCGGAUGUCUGCUCAGGUGCCAAUGAACAUGUCCAUCACAGGCUGCAUGCUCACCUUCUACAGGACUACUCCAGCAGUCGUGUUCUGGCAGUGGGUUAACCAGUCCUUCAACGCCAUUGUCAAUUACACCAACCGCAGUGGAGACGCUCCCAUGACCAUGAACCAGCUUGGUGCCGCCUACGUUAGUGCCACUACAGGAGCUGUGGUCACCGCACUCGGACUCAAGUCUCUAGCUACGCGUCUCCCCCCAAUCGUCAGUCGGUUUGUCCCUUUUGCUGCCGUGGCCGCUGCCAACUGUAUUAAUAUUCCCUUCAUGAGACAGAGGGAACUGAAGUACGGCAUCCCGGUGAUGGAUGAGAAUGGAAACCGGUUAGGAGAAUCUGCCAACGCUGCCAAACAAGCCAUCGUUCAGGUGGUUGUGUCCAGGAUUGGCAUGGCGGUGCCUGCAAUGGCCAUUCCUCCUGUUAUAAUGAACGCUCUGGAGAAGAAAGCCUUCAUGAAGCGUUUCCCAGUUCUGAAUGCUCCUGUCCAAGUGGGGCUCGUCGGUAUGUGCCUGGUGUUCGCAACGCCUCUCUGCUGCGCCCUGUUCCCUCAGAAAAGCUCCAUGAGCGUGAGCGGACUGGAGCCAGAUCUGCAGGAGAGUAUACGGCAGCGAAGUCCAGACACCACCACCGUCUACUUCAACAAAGGCCUGUAGGCACAUGAGCAGGAAACAUACAAACACACACAGAUACAUGUCUGUUAUCACGGGCAGGAGUGAGAGUGAAAAACAUUUAUUUAUGCUUUUGCAGUCAUUUUUAUUUUUGGUAUAUAUUCGGUUCUUGUAUUUUCAUUUCGUCUUCCUCUUGAUGGAUAACACAGGAAGCUGAUAAUCACUGACUGGUGAUUUACUUCAUGUUACUGUUAUUGUCCUGCUAGAAUAUUCAAGUUAUAAAUGAAGGUUUUUCCUUUUAGUUGUGUUUCCUGAAUAUAACGUUGCCUUGUGUGUUAUCUUUGUUUUGACCGGGGUUUUCAACCUGUGGCUAUGUUAGCCUUCCCAAUUGACUCUUAAUAUCUUGGAAAAAUGUAGAACUCAACUGUGGUUUAGAUCUAAAUGUGAUACAAAGUAAUACUUUCACCUUGUUUCUGUGUUUUCUUGUCACAUUUGCACAGAAUCUCCAUAAUAUAACGACUAAUUGUACAAAGAUUUUUUUUUUUUUUUUUUGCAUUAGGCCAUGACCUGGUGUGUUUUCCCUUAGUUAUUUAGAAUAUAUGAAACUUCUUCUAAACCAUAAAAUUGUGAUUUUUUAAAAAAUUGUAUUUAUUUUAUUUUUUACCAUAAAACAAGCACAUUUUAAAUAGUGGGAAUAAGACUGCAAAUAAUUAUUUUAGUAGUCGUAAUACAGAGUAUCUAUUACUCUGAAAAUCGGAGAAAAUAAUUGGCACCUUCUGCAGAUUUUUUAUGUCUUUCUACAAUACUAGAAAUACAUUAAAAUAUAAAAAUAAAUGCAACUAAUCAAAUUCCCUUUUAAAUAAGAAAAUCAAAUGUUGCCUUUAGUGCAACAGCAGCGUUGAUUCAAUGUAAGCUUGAUCACUUGCAAAAGAUUCAUCUGCAGUUAAAAAAUAUAUACUUUUAACAUAAACAUGUGAGAAGCUUGACUGAUGUGUUGACUAUUUUAUGAAUUAUCUGAUUAAUAACUGGACAACAAAAUGUUCUAUUGGAAGAUUGUAUUUGAACCAGGUAGAGCUAAAACACUUGAGGAGUUUUUUAACACAUAUUUACAAAGAAAAAAUUUAAAUUGUUUGUACAGGUUUGGCUUAAUUACUACCGUGGGUAUUUUUUUUUUUUUUUAGCAUAUGGUAUAUUUUAGAGUCUGUGUGCUCCAGUUAACAAGUAGCCACUUACUAAAUUAGUUGGCAAUUAAUUCAAUAAUCGAUUCAUCACAGUUAAUCUGACCCAUCGUUACAGCCCUAGUGGGUAUUUAUAAUGUCUAUCAGUUUUUGAAUGGUCAUGCAGGGUUUGCAGAUCAGGACAGAACUAAUUUAAGAGCAGCUAGGUAAUAAAUGAUUUAUAAAAGUUUCUAACCCCUAAUUUUGACACAUCACACAAGCUAUGUGGUGUAAAAUCUUUGCUUCUAUUUUUUGCUAAAAGUAAUCCCCUGAUGUGGGUUUUUGUUUUGUAUCACACAGCCACUGGUUAUCAAGAGCAGCUCUUUUCAACUGUCCUUCAAGUGUACUUAAACCUUUAGGUACAUGUGCUUCAGAAAAUGUUUAGAGGACAUAGAUGAGUGUAGUUUAUAUUACUCUAAGAAGCCCCAUUGUUUUUAUCUACACGUCGCUCACAGGAAAGAAGUAAAAACUGUACUGAUCUAACUUCAAAAUCUCCACCUUACUUUUAUGCGUAUAUUAAAUGCAGAUAAUCGAUGCCGACAUAUAGGCAUCAGAAAUCUUUCAAACAAACCUCUCUCUCCUCUUCAUUUAAAUUAAAAAUACAGUAAAAAAGUUUUUUUUUCCGUUUUAUUUACUGUUUUGAGAACUUUGCUUACACCAUUGAGAUCCAGUUCUACCAAAAGAAAUUAGUAAAUGCUGUAACAAAUUUUAAAGUGUAAAUGUUAGAUGCACAGUGAGCUUCAAUAAUUGUUUUGAGCCUCUAAUGUCAUUUAAUGAGGUCACCGAACACACAGCUAGCUAUUCAGGGUGAUUACAUAGUGAUAGUGGUGUAUGUGAGGGUAUACAAGUCGUCAUAGUGUUUGUCGUAAAUUACAUUGAAACUAGCAUAUAUUUUCUGAAUACUAAUGUAAAAUACGGAGCACAGAUAUAUGCCCUGGAGAAUAAGGUCAGCUGCUAGUUGAUAGGAGUUUUGCUGCAUCUGAGUGAGACUUCCUCAUACUGAGUGCUAAUGAGUGAUCGUCUUCUGAGGAAACUCACUAUUUACAAUUUACCAGCAAUCAUUUAACACUUGUGCAAUGAGAUGCUUUGAAUGCUCCUGUUUAAAAAAUAAAUAUAUAUAUAUACAUAUGUAGUGACAGUAAGACUGUACAGGCUAUGUUUGUAGUGAGGUUUGUGAUUGUGCAAUUACCCAUUUAUUGUAAACCAAUGGAAAAGGUGAAGGGACUAAUGAAGGGACACUUCACCUUAGUGUCCCUUCACUAAGGUGAAGGGACACAAACCUACAGGUGCAUCUUGAUAUAUUAGAAUAUAGUUGUAGAGUUAAUGCAUUGUACUUCGUAGUAUGGAAGAGGUCAGCUUUGACUGCUGAAGUUUUGAGGAAUCAAACAAUGGUUAAUGGUUUCAGAAACCAUCAAUUAAACGAUUUUAAAUUGUUUAACAUUUAUAUGCAAGAUUUUAAGGAGCUGGCAAGUUUGUAAAAGUACAAAGAACAAUAUCCAUAGCUAAAUUGUUUUGUUACCAUAGCAACAAUCUGAUGCUAUGAUGUAAAUCUUUGAGUUUGAGCUCUGUUUGUUCACAAAUACUAAUUGGUGAACUGUGAUUAUAACUUAUUGCUUUUUAGGUUGGCCAAUUAAACUACUCCCCCUCUUCCGGAUUUGACUAAAUCAAACACAGAAGGUGUUAGAGGUGCUAAUGUUUUUAGCAACAAAAGGGGCCCCGAAGUCAAAUUCUGCUCCAGGCCUCAUACAGCCUCGGAACGGCCCUGCUCCAGUUAAAUUCGCUGCACUGCGCAGAGAUGCGCAACAAACGGGAGAUUUGAUUCAAAGCUGCUAAUGUGGCUUUAGUGCCUCUUCCAUUUCGUGUCUGUUGAGUUUUUAACAAGGGACACAGAAAGUUUUACUUUUUUAAACUGAAGUACAGGAACUGAUAUAAAUGAUAUUCUAAUGUAUGGAGAUGCACCAGAAGGUAAUUGUGAUGGUAUAUUCUGGAAAUGUAAUGGUUCUUAGCAGUCAAAAGUCACCAGAAUAUAUUGAUUUUUUUUUUUUAAUUGAUUAUCAUGUAAAACUUUGCAGAUUCUGUGCGUUUUAAUGUAAUUAUGACAUGCUUACUCCAUGACUACAUGCAGCACUACCUUUGAGUCUCUUCCCUUUAAAUGCUUGAAUCAAACACAUGAUUGUGAAGAUAGGAGACGGGCCAGCAGCGGUCUGUGGUAAAAGCUUGUUGCUGCAGCAGUGUGGAUGUGUUGCUGUGUGUUGCUUUCAUAUUGAGGCUGAUGCUGCACUAUAUUAUAGCCUUUGCUGUUUUACCUUCUAGACCUGAGUGACUUCUGUUGUUCUUUAAAACCCGCGUUUUACAGCGUGCGUUGAAUGUGUGUUUUGUUGUUUACUGAACAACAAUCUUGAGGUGGCUAAACAAUAAUUCUGCAAACUUUGCUCAUCACUAAGGAUUUUCUGCAGCUCUUAGCUUACCAGGAAUAGAACAAACAGUUUGAUUCAUCUCAGCCUUUAACUGUACCAUUAUAACCUGAUGCAUCCAAAGACAAGGCGGCUAAGAACUCAUUGGGGAAGUAAUAAUCUCUUGAUGCAGCUUUUUCUCAGCUUUAUGAUGUAGACUUCCUCAUGCAAAUCAUUUAUGUGUACAUGUGCCCCUCAGCCUGCACAGUGCUGCAUUUUACACCAAACUGUAAGAAAAUCCCAAAGCACAGUCAGGAGUGCAAAGUUACUGAACUAGUUAUGUACAAAUACCAGCAUAUUUUAGUUGCCAUUUACUUUAACUCUCCAAAAACACUGUUGAACACUUGACACUGAUCUUGACUUUCACCUCUGUUUUGCAUGCUUUGACUGCUGAAAGCACAAAUGUAAGAACAAUCCAUGUUCUUGUUACACUCCAUGAAUGUUAUUGGUUUUCUGUUAUGUACAUUUAGACUUGUCAGUAUUGGUGCACAGUAUUUUUUCUCCCUCUGUUUUGUAUUGUUCAAAAUGUUUCCUUGAUGUAAGAUGUAUUUUACCGAGAGCAAUAAAAGCAGAUGUUGAAACCAGA